UUUUUUUUUUUUUUUACGAUUGCAUGCAAGCUCAACUCAGAAAUACUGUGCUGCCAGAUGCACCAGAAACCCUGUGUUUAUGAACAUUGUGUGGACCAGAACACGUGGCGAUCAUGUGUACGAUCAGCGGCUUGUGUCCACCAUAUGUUUGGCUGUCUUGGCCACUGUUGCUCCAGGCGGCUGCGGCCUCACACAUCUGUCCAUAUUUAUCAUGGUUUGCUGGUUGCGCUCUAUCUAUAUACCUUCAAAUCGGGUCUCUGGUGAUGAAUCCUGUUUUCCAGAAAUAGAUCCAUCCACUUCUUGCAGUGGUGGAUUACAGCAUAUACAGUAUUUAAUCCUGUUAGGACAUUUUCUACACUCCAAAGGAAUGAACUUCUAACAGCACAUUUGCUGUGUCAGUAUCAUUUCUGGUUUAACUCUACAUUAUUUUUCUUAUAACGGCCGCCAGUAUAUAUUAAUACGCUUUCAAUGUCUAUUGUAUUUAAGAUAAAGAGUAUGUCAGGAGAUUCACUGCCAACAACAGACAGCUUGGGAUUUAUUUUCCAAAGAUUUGAAGGAAUCUGGCAAUUGAGUUGCGAGAAGAAGAAGAAUUACAGACAUUGUGUUUUUCAGAGCUGAUGGUGGAAAUAUCUAAGGAGUGAGCCUUCUUGUAUGCUGUAUUGUAGUUUUCCAUUGUUUUUAAAUGUGCUCUAUAAAUAAGCUAAACUUGAAACUUGAGGCUUCUCCCUUCCUUCUCAUUUCUGUUGAGAGUUACACAUGCACAGUACUGAUCGGUCACUUGAGAUAAACAUGGCGUCGGGUAAAGAUAGAGUUUAUGAGCUGUAGUGCAGAGUUUAGUUGGGUGGCGUUAGAGAGGAUGUGGGUAAACUCCAACAAUUGUUUAGAGUUUGAGAGCAAGGUGAAUAAAACAUGACAAUUAACUUCAGCCUUUGGCUGAACGAACGAUCCGCUUGUGCCCGGAUGAAUAUGACAACUGCUCAUAAUACCUUUUUUUAAAGACCCGAUGUCCCAGCUGCCACUGCUCAGUAUAGCCAGUUCACAGCCUGCAUCAGCGUGGUAAUUGAUGUGCUCAUUCCCAGAUUUAUACGCUCACAUGCAUUACUGCAUGCACAGAAGCAAUUAGAUGCCUGACGGGCACUAUUGCUUUUGUUUAUUAUUUGUUUGUGUAUAGCGUUGGGUGACUGAGCACAUACGGAGAGUUCUGGAACUGACUGGAACAGUUUGUCACUGUCUGAGCAGCUCCACUGGUCCUUAAUAUGGUUGACGAGCCAGAAAGCAUCACUCAUUUACUGUCCUUGCCAUGUUUUUGGGAAUUAUUGAGCCAAAAACAACAAGAAGCCUGCUCGUCUAACCUCAAGUCUACAUCCGCUGAGACAAUUCAAUGAAACAGCCCCAUUGGGACUGAGGACACUCAAUAAUCAAACAGCAGGAUAUUGUUUCCGCUGAGAGCUGUUCCAUCCUCGCUUUUCUCAGUAUUCUCUGACUUGUUUAUCUGAGUCAGGUGUUCGGUCCGUGUGCCACGUUUGCUGAUUGAUCGCAGCUGUGCAAAGGAAGACGUCUGGUCGCGAGUCUCAAGCCUCCAUGUUCUUACAUCAAUGCCUCUCUUUAACGUUUCUGCCCCCUGCAGUUUCACUUUUAGUUUUUAUCACCGUCAGUUCUGCCGUCCAAACAGGACUAAUUAUUUUGAGUGUUGCUGCAGAAUAUGAUGGGUGGAGAUGUCUGGCCUCCUCAGGAAAUUGCUCUCACAUCCCAGACAAAGUGACAGACCGUUCCCACACACACGUUUGCAGACAAUGAAUUUGAAAAUCGUGCUGAAAUUAAACAACAAAGUAAAAGAUGAAGUGAUUUGCCUUAGCUGAGCAAAAUUUAGUGAGCAACGGAGGAAAGUGUUUUUGACUUUAGAGGUUGAGCGGCCGGCCGAAGUUUGUUGUGUUUGUUGUGUUUAUGGGGGAGACGGAGCCUCUGCAGCAGGGGCCUUGUGGUUCUGUCCUGCCCUCCCCUGCUGCACUCCCCUCACUAUGAGGCAGUGUUUUGGACCGGGGCCCAGGAGCAAGCCUGAGGCACGCUGCUGCGCUCCAGCCUCUCCGGAGCGCCGACUCUCACUGACAUCACAUCAGCUGGUGAGACAUAGUGGACUGUGUGUGCGCACGCUGGAGUCUAGCUGCUCCUUUCAGCUUGUUGCAUCCGAAAGCAAAACAAAGUGGUCUGCGGAUCAUCCUCUCUCUGGGUUCCCGAGCUGUGAGUCGCCGUCAGGAGAGUAGCAAAAGGGUUGGCCAACCAUGGCCGUGCGCAUCAUACGAGGGAUGGAGGACCUGGUGGCAUCGGGCAGCCAGCUCGUCUGGAGCCUGGCGCAUCAGACCCUGAGGAGGUGGUACAGUCGUGGGAUGAUGCCAUGCAGACGCUUACUAGAAGCCUGGUUCAGGAUUGGAAAGUGCUACCAGAUGACCGAGGGCCGUCUGUGUCAGGCUCACCUCCUCGAUGGCAGGAAGCUGGAGCUGCUGGUUCAGCCCAAGCUGUUGUCCCGCGAGCUGUUAGAUCUGGUGGCCUCACAUUUUAACCUGAAGGAGAAAGAAUACUUUGGGUUGUGCUUCAUAGAUGACACUGGCCAGAGUAACUGGCUCCAGCUGGAUCGUAAAGUCCUUGAUCAUGACUUCUCCAAGACUUCGGGGCCUUUGGAACUCAAGUUCCUGGUGAGGUUUUAUAUUGAGAAGAUCACCUUCUUGAAAGACAACACGACGGUGGAGCUGUUCUUCCUGAACGCUAAAUUGUUAGUGUUUAAUGAGACCAUCGAAGUGGAGAGUGAAAAUGUUUUCAAGUUAGCCGCAUUCGCAUUGCAGGAGGCCAAAGGAGAAUACACCAGUGCUGAGACUGCCAGAUCAGACCUGAAGCAGCUCCCAGUUCUGCCCACUAGGGUAUUAAGGGAGCACCCGUCUCUCAAUUACUGCGAGGACAAAGUAAUUGAACGUUACAAGAAACUGAAGGGACUGACCAGAGGACAAGCCAUUGUGCAGUAUCUGGCCCUGGUGGAGUCCCUGCCGACAUACGGAGUCCAUUAUUACCCAGUGAAGGACAAGCAAGGUCUACCGUGGUGGUUGGGGGUCAGCUACAAAGGCAUCGGCCAGUACGAUUUGCAGGAUAAACUGAAGCCGAGAAAGCUGUACCAGUGGAAGCAGUUAGAGAAUUUGUAUUUCCGAGAGAAGAAAUUCGCUGUUGAAGUGAACGACCCACACAGAAGAACAGUGACCAAGAGAACCUUCGGACAGACUGGUCUGGUUAUUCACACGUGGUAUGCCAGCCACGCUCUGAUUAAAACCAUCUGGGUGAUGGCCAUCAGUCAGCACCAGUUCUACCUGGACAGGAAGACAAGCAAAUCAAACAUGUCCAAAACCAGGAGUUCAGGAGACAUCGCCAUGGACCUCACAGAGAUCUGCGCCCCGCGGAUCAUCACUAAACUGUCCAGCAUCGAGAGCAGGGACCAGCUUAUCAUGGCCAGCAACGGCAGUCUCAUCUCAGCCGGUUCCCUCGACUCUGAAGUCAGCGAGGAGCAGAAGAAAGAGAAGGUUGCCGAGUUGAAAAAGAAAGAAAAACACCUUCAAGACACGCUGACGCAGAAAAUUGAGGAACUGAAGAAGAUCUGCAUGAGAGAAGCAGAGCUUACGGGCAGAUUGCCUGACGAGUACCCGUUGGCCACAGGCGAGAAGGCACCUCACGUACGACGGCGUGUCGGGACAGCCUUCAAGCUGGAUGACCUUUUCCCCUAUGAUGAGGACCCACAUCUGAGGAAUCUGGAGAGCAGGUUCGCCUUGCAUCAGAAGAUCGUGGAAGCGGCCAUCAAGUUGUCCAACGAGGGCGACCACGGCAAGACGGUGAAGAAAAAGAGGAGAAACAACUGUCUAGAUGCAAUGAGGAAGCUGGAGGAGAUCGAGAUGGAGAUCAACGCCUACAGGAUCAAGAAAGGAAGGAAGCCCACCCAGAGAGCCUCGCUGAUCUUACCAGAUGAUGUCAACCUUUCAGAACUCAGCUCUCUGUCUGACAGCCUCACUCUGGAUGAUGAGGAUGAGCUCAGUUCCCAGAGGCUGCGGUCCAGAUCGGUUCAGUAUUCCCCCAGACCACACCAUGCUGAAACUCUGGACAUCCACUACAACGACAGACGGGGCUCUGGCAAUGACCAGCAUGCAGACAGCAGAUUACAUUACGGACAAGUCCAGGAAUCACUCCACUACAGUCACCGCGAGGCCUUAGCAAGCCACUGCACUCCGUUUAAACUGGCUUCCAGACAGCCACGUGAUGCCCGCAGCAUGCCCCCCACCCCCCUCCUCACCCGCAACGCCUACAGCAGCAACCAGCUCAGAUCAGAGGAUGCUCCACAACAUUUCCGCCAGCGCAGCGGCAGUCUGGAGUCCCAGUCUCAGCUCACGACGGAGACUGAAGCUCCCGCGCCGACAUUCACCUUCUCCCCGGCCCGACGCAGCAACAGCACGGAGGUCCUCGAUGACGGCUCCUCCUACACGAGCCAGUCCAGCGCCGAGUACAGCGUCCCCGGUAACCACGCGCACCGGCACAGAGCUCGCGGCCGCCACAGGAAAGACCAGUACGCCAACUCGGGCAGCAUGCCCAACCUGGCUCAGCCGGACACCCGCUGCUACCAGCAGCGGGCCAGACCCACCACGACAGCCUACUACGUGACGGGCUAUCCCAGCUACCCGGAACCGGAGCCUUACUCCAACGGAGUCUACAUGUACGAAAACGAGAUGGAAGGACACUAUAACGUCAAUCCCUCGUACCACCACGCCCCGACAGCUUACCACGGCCACGACAUGCACUACCGCGCCGACGAGAUGGACUCCAUGGCCCAGAACCCGUACGCCACGCUGAGGCCGCCCAGGAACCGUCAGGCGCCCCGCGGCAACGAGCAGAUUGGCAACAACGUCCAGAAGGCUAUGGUGGCCGAGCACUUGAGGGGCUGGUACCAACGCAACGCAACGCACAAACAGGCGGCAUACAACUACGACUACGACAGAGGCUCUCAGCAGAGCCUGGGCUAUCAGACCAUGCCUGCACCGCACAACAGCCACAACGGCAGGAACAUGUCCUACUCCACAAUGUCCUCAGUGUCCUCUAGCGCAAACUGGCGAGGCCACGCGAGUGUCGGUGGUGGUAUGUCGGAAUACGGCAUGCCCGUGCACGCGCCGCAGUCCUACUCCUACAAGACAGCCCCCUACAGCCACUCCGCCCACAACAGAUCCUACAUAGACGUCAGCCAAGUGGACUCACACAGUAGUCACCAAAUGCACACUGACCUGGAGCCCGAGGACCAGAUUUGCUGGCACGAGGACUCAAAACCGGGAACAAUAGUGUAGCUGCCUGUCUGUCAGUGCGCUGUAUUAACUCCUUCACCGUGACGAGUUGUCAUUGUGCCUUAGACUGCACUUACCUGUUUUUCUUUACAAGAGGAUCCAAAGAUUGAAGAAACUUGACCGUAAAGGAACUGGAUUCCUCUCGUUUUCUGUUCUCUUGAAAUGCAAUAGCCAAACCGACCCACAGCCUUGUGAUCAGAACUAAACCCAACGCCGGGCAUCAUUGCUGGAUUGCGAGUGUUUGUGGUGAUGGCACUUGUGCACUGAAACUAUACCAGGACCUGCUGUGGACCGUGUGGACUAAAGAUCUCCGGUGUUUCUCUGUAGAGAUUCGGGCUUCACAAACCAAGGACUAGGACUGUCUCUGUGAGAGCGCAGUGACGCUCUGCCCCACACACACACACACACACACACACAUGUAUGAACACUGUAACCAUGAAGGAUUGGACGAGCUUUGAUAAGGACUUUAUCAAACAAAUGAAGGAUUAAACUCGUUGAAAAAUUUGUCAGAAAGAUGGCUACUUCCUGGAACAUCCCGCAGUCAGUUUUAUCAUCGCAUAGCUUGUAACUACCACAGUGUACACUUGGUUGUCAUUUACAAAGUAUUCAGUCUGUCUCACUGUCAGUACUUACAAUACAAUUGAGCCAAAUACUUGUCACCGUUUGAGUAUUACCUGAAGUCACAAACUUUGAUAUCACUGCCACAUCUGAUCAGUCACUGCAGGAAAAAGGAAAUUUCCGUUUUUGGACCUUUUUAUUGUAACAUGGUUAUUUCAUCCAUGCUGGACAUCAUGGAGUGGUGCUCCCAGUUGCUCUCAAGAGAGGGAAGCUGUAUGUAAAUGUUGGUUUUGUAAAUACACUGGUUCCGUCUUUUUUUAGUGCAUUUGUAUGUAUUUGAAAAGCAUGUAAUAUAUAGUAAGCAACUGAUUUUUAAGCUGGUUCUUAGUAAUUUGUAAAAUUGCAUUUGUUUGAAUUAAAAAAAAUUUGAAUCGGUUCAGUUUGAGGGUCAUAUUUAUUUAUACAGUAUACAUACUUAAAAGUUUUAAAGUCUCCUCCGUCGGAGUGCGGGAAAACAGGAUUUAAAUCCAAAUCCAUUAAAUUAGGUAAUUGAACGUUUGUUCAGACGGUUCAAUUAAUGAAAUGAGGUUUGAAGAAACCAAAUAACCUCGAGUCUCAUUUAGAUUGUAUUGCUCUGAAAAACAGCCGUUAGAAUGGUGUUCUUGGCAAACUGGAACACAUGAAUACAUUCUCCACUGCAGUGCAUUCAAGGAGGCAGAUUAUAGUUGGAAAGAUAACUGAAGAGUUUCUUUUUUUUGUGUGUGCUUGUAUGCCGAGCUGCAAUCAGUCGUGAUGCGAGCCGAUUAUGAAUAAAUGAUCAUCUCUUAGAGACGCUCUCCUGCUGCAGAGCUCUGCUGCCCUGCUGCUCUGCUGCGUGUUCCCACCAGCUGCUGCGGAGCCUCGUUUUCAGCGUCGUUGAGCCGUAAAAACCGACCGAACCGGUCUUUAAAAGCUGUCACACCCAUUAUGGGCUAUAACCUGUUCUUCUGUCCUCCCUGUGAAUGACAACUAGUGGUUAUAACACCA